AUGGUGUUGCCCGCCGUUCGGCUUGGGGAAUAUGUUUCCAGAAGACUGGAAGAAAUGAAGAACGACGUAUUUAAGAGCAUCCAGGUCCUGUUGGCCGAGCAGUUGAACGAAGUGUGCAAAGACUUGGAGUCUUUCGCCACCGACCAGCUGCAGGACGACAAGAAGCCUGAGGCCGAAGAGGAGUGGGAGGCUGAGAUCUGGAAAGUGAGCCCGGAGGAUAGCGAGCUCGACUGGCCAGCCGCAGAGUUGUCCGACAGCCGGGUAGCUAGCCCGGCGGCCUUGGAUGACUACAGCUCCUUCGAAUCGGAGGAAGGUCGAGAAGUGUCCUUCCGCGACAUCGCAGAAAAAGGGGACCUGUCUGAAGGGCCAACGUACAGCUUUGGCACCAGUCCUCUCCAUCAGAUUUGGAAUAGUGAGGACCUUCACUCACGAAGCGGAGUCUCCAAGAGUUCCGCCGGCAUGACAGGGAUGGGCCAGGACUUUGUGGGUCGCCUGACCCAGAAAUCCACCCUCCGUUCGGGAAUGGAGGUUCAGGAGCAUGGCCGCCUCUUGCAAAAAGCUGUGAUGAGGCCUGGAUGCAAACGGUGCCUCGUGUGGGACGCUGUUUGUAUCAUAGCGAUUGUUCACGAUGCACUGAUGAUUCCGGUGCUCUCCGCGUUUCCCAUCGAGCGCGUCGGUCUGCCGCGUCGACUGGAGAUUGCGAGCAGCAUCAUCUGGACGAUGGAUCUCUUUGUCACCUUUCUGCGUGGCUUCCUCGACGUGCGGACAGGCUUCGUGGAGAUGAGAAUCAGGAACAUUGCCUGGAACUACAUUACGCACUGGUUCGUGGCAGAUCUAAGCAUGAUCGUCAUAGAUGCGGUAUCACUUUUUGCUAUUGAGGAUGAUACGCUGGAGGCUCUUACGCUGCUACGCCUCUUGAGGAACAUACGCCUGCUACGAUUGUUGAAGAUGUCCGACAGGUUCACUCUGUUGCGCGAGCUUUUUUCUUCCUUGGAGUAUGAACUUGAGUGGACUUCGGUGUACCUUGCUACGUUCAUGGGCAUUUUGCAGCACCUUGGUGUCAUUGCGCUACUAUGUCAUUUCACGGGGUGUGCAUGGUAUGGCCUCGGUGGCAUGACAACAGCCGACGCAACUUGGGUGAAGGAUCAUGCUGAGCUCCGAGGACUGCAUGUCAAUGGUUCUGGUGGCUCCGUAAUGUAUAUGUACGCUACUAGUGUGCACUGGUCGUUGACCCAGUUUACACCGGCUGCCAUGGAUGUGGUUGCUACAAACACGCCAGAGCGGAUAUUUUCGGUGGUUAUCUGCCUGGGAGGCCUUAUUGCUUUCAGUUUUUUCUUGGGAACUAUCAACCAGUCUUUUGCGAAGCUGCGCAGCCUCACGGCACAAGACACACGCCAAAGGAAGCUGGUGAGGCGCUAUGUCGCAGACAAGCACGUCUCCGCAGACCUCUCAAGUGAGAUUCUGGCAUGCAUCCGCCAGCGAGGGCUAGGCAAGGCCAUGGGCAAGAUUGUCUUCUCAGACAUCAAGGCUUUUGAGAGCCUUCCCCACAGGCUCAUGCGACGGUUGCAGGAGGAAGUGGGGAUUCCCGUCUUGGAGAAGCACGGAAUGUUCAAGUACCUGACCUACCUCAGCAUAUCCGAUGUGUCACGGACAUGCCACUCCGCACUCACUGAGCAGAGCAUCGUCUACGGAGAGGAGGUUUUCCAAGCUGGCUCUGUGAGCACGGGCAUGUAUUUGCUCCAGUCUGGUCACCUCGCAUACACCUGGGAGGCGUCACCUCACAUCCUCGAGGACGUCCUUCCGGACCAGCGUGCAAGCGAAGCGGCCUUAUGGGUGAGGUGGGAGCAUCGCGGUCGCAUGGCCUGUGCUGACCAAUCUUGCCAUCUCUUUCAGGUCAGUCUAAAUGCCUUCCACAAGAUCAUGGACCGCAGCGAUCAGAAGAGUCUGUGCGCAAUGUAUGCUCGAAACUUUUCCCGUGCUCUGGAGGAUCACGAUAAACAUUGUCCAGUCACCGAUCUUUUCGGCGACGACGAGAUCGUUACCAAGCUUCUGCAGCCGAUUCGAAUUUGGCAGGCAGGUAUCAUCAGCCUCAUGCCCACCUCAAACAGCGAGAUGCAGGCUCGCGCUGCCUUUCUCGCGUGGAAGUCGCUGACGCGCACCACACGGGAGAGCCGGUCUGCUGGCAAAGCCCGUUGGCAUCAUGCCCUUCAUGUCUCCGGCCGAUGGGGCCGCUGA